AUGAAAUCAGUUCGUUCAACGUCGUCGUUACAGGAAACCACAUUGGAAGUAAUGCCUGCUAUGGUUGAAUAUCUUGGAAUGAAGAACAUUGAAGGAAUCAAUGUGAUGAAUAUUAUGCAACAUGAUAAUCGUAUAACGGUUGUAUCCACAUAUACCAAAACAGUGCUUAUACUUGUUGCAAUACAAAUAUCAGUAUCAUUUGUCAUCAUAAUGCUCUCGUCAUUACUUGGGAUGGCUGGUCAAAGUGGCGGGCAAUUGAUACCAUCCAUUAUUGUUGGUUUAUUGCUUUUGAUUGCAUGUGUGAUAGCCUUGUUAAUCGCACUCGUGAAGAAGAUAAACGAGAAAUAUCCACUGAAUGUCGCGCUUGUAAUUAUUUAUUCUAUCUGCAUGGCAACAGCAUUAGGAGUUUGGAAUGCACAGUUAGAUGCUAUUGUCAAACUUGCAGUCUUUGUAAUCAGUUUGGUAUUAUUCACAUGUGGAUUACUGAUUGGUGCAGCAAUCAAAGCAGAUUUGGCAGAUCACUUAAUGAGCAUUCUAAUAUCAUUUUCGGUUAUAUCUGUUCUCAUUGUGAUAGUCGCCGUUGUGCUAAGUUUUUGGAAACAUUACAAGUAUUAUACGAUCGGUGUUUACAUAGGUGCACAAAUAAUAUUGUUGAUUGUAACAAUAUUUCUUAGUUAUUUAACUGUUGGCAAAUCAAGAUAUCUUCUCUUAUAUCCAAAUUAUGCAUUGGCAUCUAUAUUAUUAUAUACCAUAUUCUUUUCGACUUUAUCAAUCAAUACGGAUAUCAUUAAUGUCAACAAGACUGAAAGUUCUAUAUUCCAGUUCCAAUUAACAGAACAUUGA